AUGUGGAUCGUGGAUCUGAAGACAUACUUAUCACGUGAACCGGGGAAGCUGGACACCGAUGACUACGCCGUCGAGGAGGGCUGGUUGUUCUUCUACUGUCCACACGCGAGGAAAUUCGGCCAAGAGCGUGAUCUGGCUGGGAAGCACGUCGUUCAGGAAAAUCUGUAA